GAAGAGGGCCGACCGCCAGCUGAUGUUAUUAUGCGGGGAUCGAAACCCGCUGGACGGAUUAAAGAGGAACAAAUCACCGCUUCAAGCGACGUUUUGCAGACUGGCAGCAAACGAUGGUGGACCCCUCGGAGGCUGAGGAGCAGACCUCUAAGUCUAUUGCCCCGCAACUGGGCACCUCAAGCGUGGUCCCCGGAGAACAGCGCUUGCCAGACCAGGCGGAUGGCGCCAUCACAGAGGAGGGAAGCGACGUCUGUGAUUUCCAGACGCCACCUACCAACAGCUCCCAGCCAAGCCCCUGCCACAUCUCGUCUCCGGCGGCGGAGUCACCACCGCCGCCGCCGCUGCCUCCACCUCUCGAACCCGAAGGCGACCUGUCACCCAAGCUCCACCUGGAUUUGUACAACUUCGACUGCCCGGCGGCCGAGGGCAGCCGUUACGUGUUGACGAGCCCGCGCUCAUUGGAGGCAUGCGCCCGCUGCGGCGUCAAACCCGUGGAACUGCUGUCCCGCCCGCUCUCCGACUUUGCCCGCGAGGCACCGGGUCGCUCCAUGAGGGUGGCGACGGGUCUUUUCGAGGUCUACGAGCGGGACCGUCACGCCAAGCUGCGCCAUUGCAGGGAAGAGCGGGAGCGGAUCGUCAGGGAGGAGAAGCGACGGGUGAUGCAGGCGGCGGUCAACAGUUGCGUGUCGCCGUUGGAGCAGCACAAGGUCCCCACUCAGCCUCCGACACAAGAGACCCCCAGCUCAGCGACUGAUUCGGUUUCAGCUUCCAAACCGGCACCCUCGCUCCAAUCCAAACCAACCAAAGUCGGUUCCACAGGUCCCAAGCAGUCCUCUGGUAAAAUCCUGCGAGCGGAGUCAAGUGGUCCUCUAAAGGUACUCCGCAAGUCUUCCGGGAACAAACCUUCCAGCACGUACCCCAGACCGACACCGAAAGCUCCCGUCUUCGUCAGAGCCAAAUCUACAUUGACACCAUCGGUGUCAAAACUGAACGGCGCCGCGGGAGGAGGUUUGUUUUCGCACCACAAUGGACACUUUCAUCCCAAGGUGCUGGCGAAAAGUCACUCCUUGGAGUCCCUGCAGAGGAAGACUGAGCCCGUCUGCUCCUCCGCCUCCAAUACCACCACCACCACCUGCACCUCCUCAGAGUCCGGAGCCUCGUCAUACACCUGGGACGGGCCGCGGGACCACUGGGCCAAAGUGUCCAGCCCUCGGACUCGGACGCUGGCCGCAUUCAACUCCCUGAUGGGCCGCAGCCUCAGCCUGGGGGACCUGAGCCACUCGCCGCAAACCACGCAGAAGGUGGAGCGUAUCGUGAAGGAGGUGAAGCGGCGGGGCCUGAACGCCGUGUCGGAGCGCGACCGCAAGAUCGCGGCGCUGAUGCUGGCCCGGUACCAGGAGGAGGACAUCAUGAGCCAGACCCGCUACGUGGCCCACCUGCAGUGGGACAGCCAGCGGCGGAUGGAGGAGCUCCGGCGGGAGCAGGAUGAACGCAACAAGCAACGGGCGGUGCAGGAGGGCCAGCGGCUGUGGCAGACGCAGGUGUCCACCCGGCAACGGCGGCUCAGCCGCGAGGAGCGCCGGUUGGCCGCCACCAAGAUGCGGCAAGCCGAGGAGAGCGAGAAGCAGUGGCGCGAGCUCGCGGAGCGGCAGGAGCGCCACCGCCUGCACAAGUUGCAGCAGGCGGCACGCGAAGAGAAGCACAAGAAGUCCUUGCAGGAGCAGAACCUCAAGGCCCUGGAGGAGGAACGGGCAGCCGUGUUGGAGCAGGAACGCCUGCUACUGAGGGAGAAGCUCACCAUGGCCGAGCUCAAGCGGCAGGAGAAGGAGCAUCAGUCCCAGGAGGAGCGGCGGGGCCUGAACAAGGCUGAGCGGCGGCGCCACGCCGCCCUUAUCCAGGAGAUCACCCGGCGCGAGCAGGAGGAGUGUGAGGAGGCCAAGCGGGCGGCGCAGGAGAAACUCAACCGCUCUCUGGAGAACUACGAGCACAUCGUGGAACGACGAGGCCAAGAGCUGCGGGAGAAGGCCAAGCGAGAGGAGGACCAGAUCCAGCGAGCCCGCCGGGCCGCCGAAAACCUGGAGCGGCAGCAGCAGAAGCAGCUGGAGGCCCGCGCCCGCGAGGCGGACAAGCGGGCCCGACAGGCGGUGCUGUCGGCUGAGGAACGCGCCAAGGAGAAGGCCCAGCGGGCCGUGCAGAACCGGCGGGAGAAGGAGCGGCUGCAGCGCCUCAACCGCCAACGCGUGGAGGAGGAGGAGCGGCAGCGGCGGCGCGAGCUGCUGCAGUCCAUCGAGCGCAAGUUGGAGAAGAGCGAGCAGAUCUUCAAGGAGAAGCGCGCCGUGCUGGAGAGCGCUCGCUCCGUGGCGCGCGCCUCCUUCCACGUGCGCGACAAAGUACGCGAGGAGACCAACGGGCGCACCUUUGACAAGAUGGCGCUGGAAGCUCAGCUCAAAGCCGGCCUGGAUGACAAAUAGGACCAGUCCCUUCCGGGCUUUGACUCUCCCCCUCGCCCCUCGAAAACCUUUUUUUUGUUUUCACUUCCAUAUCAUGAGAAACUACAUCCAUCCCUCUUUUGUGCCUCUUUGUGGCUCUUAAAGGAGAGCUCCCGCAGGGAGCAGCGGAACAUUAAAGGACAGGGCCCAAAAAAAAGGAGCAAUUCUUUUGGAAAAUAAUGCUCCAGAGGCCGGAUGACGAAUCACCAGACGCCCUCCUCGUUCCCUCGGAUGUUCUGUGGGCCACGCACAAGCUCAGGGCUACAGGUAACCACUUCUUCUGGGACUGCC